AUGGCGAAAUUUGCGAAAAACGCACCCACCGACACUUCCAAAAACCCUGUUAUAGAGAAGCUGAUGUCAGAGGCCCGAAGAGCAGAAGAAGCUGGUCGCCGCAAAUUCGUAAUUCAGAAGAAGCAACGUGAAAUGAAUAGGAAAGCAGCGGCCAAGGAAAAGUUGAAGAAGGAGCAUGCAUUAGCGCGAGCAUUCUCAGGCACAGUUCAGAAUUCGCGGGCGUGCAUCGAGGCCAAAAUAUUGAGCGACGUCGGUGAAGCAAAACGCGAUAUCUCAGCACAUCUCGCGCAAGCGGUCAAUGACCUGAGCUUGACAUCACAGAAGCUUGAACAUCAUGGCCACGACUACUUUCGCCCGCUCCAAGCGGAUGGGGUGGAGUGGUACAAAGCUGAUGGUUCGCAGUCAGGCGUCACGGAUCUUGGAACUAUAAUGAAGUCCUUGGACCGAGAACUUAGCACGAAGAGAAAGGAGAUUUCAAGCCAGCAAGUAGAAUGGAUCAAAGCUCGCGCCGCGGUGGAAGCGGCCACGAAAGCUCUCUUUGAGAGCGAGACUUUUGAGCAAAUCCUAGAGGGCGUUCAUGACACUCGGCAAACGAUUGUCUCCAAUGUCCAGAUUUUGCAACGCGAGAUCGAAGCUGCGAAGAAGAAAACCUUGGAAGAGCUUGAAAAGGAGACAGACGAAACGAUCGUGGCUAUGGAGGAAGCUGAAAGGGUAGGAAGUCUAACCUACAGCGAUCCAGUCCCUUCGAGUAUUGACGCUUUCGGUGCGAGAGAAACAAAACUUGAUAAGAUGCAAGCAACGUACUUUGCUCUCCUGACAGAGGAAGAGUAUUGA